GUUGAUAAAGACUUCGAGGGAGUCGUACGUAUGUCGAGAGCGCUACACGUUAUUGGACGAGAAAUUCAAACUUGGCGACACCAAUGGGACUCCAUGCGCAAGUGAAUGACGCUGAUGCAAGGACUCUUCAAGGUACUUCUUCUGAAUCACUUCACUGAGAUGUAGUUCUCCAAAACAAUGCGAUUUUUCUUGGGAUUUAUACUGAUGAGCAUAGGAACAAUAUUUGGAGGUACAUCAGAUGGAUUUAUUAUUUUGACGGAACCGUCCAGUGAGAGCAACCUGUGCCGGGCCCAGUGUAUAUCAAGAUGCCAACUUGAAGGGGAUGAUGUCAUUGUUCCACUGGAUGGCUCGUUGGAACAAUGCAUAUCUGUGGAAUGUGACCCCUAUCUGAGCGAUUCAUGGGUGGGCUCUAUUUGCGAUAACGAUCCUGAUUGUAUAGCCAGAUGCGGUUUCAACAUAAGCAGAAAUGAUACAGAACUACAACCCAACCUACCAAAUGUUACGAUUCAAGCAUCUGCAUCACCAUAUACAGUCGAGCUUCUAUGGGGCAACGAUGACCAUGAAUUUGAAACUGAAGUUGCUGCACCCGAGAAAAAGGUUAUCAUUUCAACAGUUGGAGAUCCCAUAUUUGUAUUGGAGAACAAAGCUAAAAAAGACAUGGCCUGGACAUUUGUUGAUUUUACAACGGAAACAAAGUUCUUCCAAGAAGCCCCCGACGUGUGUGAGGCAUAUUCCUAUAGGGUCGCUGCUGUAAAUGCAUUUGGAACAAAGGGAUUUUCUGAACCGGUCAUCAGAUCCAAUCUUCCGGUCCCUGAUACCAUAUCUAGUCUAAGCAAAGGAGAUAUACAGUUUGAGGAUAGCUACUUUGUUGUUUUUGUCCAGUGGGAAGCACCAGAAGGCUGGCUCGAAGAUGACAUUGACAGAUAUGUGUUAACCACUACAAACCAUUUCUGUGAAGAUGGAAACACCGGCCCUCCCACACCCAUAUAUAACCCAACAGAUGACUCACUAAAGCAGUUUCGAAUCAGAAUAUUUCAUCUGGGAUACCUAUGUACAUAUAGAUUUACAGUUGAGCCAGUAUCGAGAUGCGGGGUAUUUGGAGACAAUUUUACAUUUGACAUACCUUUGACAAACUGCUCGGGUAUUCCUGGAUUUAUAUGCCCACCGAGACCAACAAAACGUCCAGGAGCAGUGAAACAUGUUAUAAUUGACGCUUCCCAAGGUAACCCCGUUACUGUACACUGGGGAGAGCCAGACCUCGGGACAUUCCCCUAUAUAAAGGAAUACGCCUUACAAUGGGGUCCUCUGGAUACAAAUAAUCCAAUAUUUGAAAUAAUUGCAAUUGUUGAAGACAGGAAGGCUGUGCCUGGGUAUAUAACGACAACAUCAUUUAGCGUUAAUAAUACGGAUAUCCUCUAUGGUUUUCAGAUAUACCCACUUAGCCCUGAUGAAGAAUAUGGUGAUAUACGCUGGGGUAUGCUGUCUACCACAACAUUCAUUGUCCCAAGCUCUACAAUAGCUAGUUCUACUGAACGAUCAACCAUUGACGAAGUUGACGACAAACACCUGAGUAAACCUCCGAACCAUAUUGGCUAUGUCCCCACGCCUACGUCCAGUCGAAAUGAAGAUCUAGACAGCAACGUUGUUCUUACAAUAGUAGUGCCUCUUGUUGCUAUAGUGAUGGGUGUCAUGGUAGCAUCAUUCAUGAUCUACAGGCGAAGGCGAAUCAAAAGUCAACGAAGGAGACAACGUGAAAUGGAAUUUGAAGUCAAUAAAUUGUACACGCCAAUGGGUGAUGCAGCAAAUGUGACUGAUGACAAAUGGGAGAUAGCACACGAACGAUUGGUUUUUGGGGAGGUUUUAGGUCGUGGAGCAUUUGGACAGGUCUCCAAAGGAUACAUAAAAGGCGAAGCACCAAAAAAUAUGAAUACCGCAAAUCAAGAUGCGCUUAUUAGAGCUCAAUCUAUAAACAAACCUGUUGCAAUAAAAAUGAUUCAUGAGUACGCUUUGGAGUCAUCAAAAGAGGAGUUUACAAAGGAAAUUAAUUUAAUGAAGAAGAUUGGAUCCCACCCCAAUGUUGUGAGCAUGAUUGGCUGUUGUACCAUACAUGAACCGAUUUGCCUCAUUGUUGAACACGUUCCUGAUGGUGACCUGCUACAUUACCUCAGGAAACACAGAAUUAAUCUACUGAAAGAUGGUGGCUCAAAGAACUCUACCAGUGAUGGAUCAGAGGAUACUUCAGUUGUGCAGGUUUUGGAUAUGUUAUCCUUUGCAAGGCAGAUUGCUAUGGGAAUGGAUUUUCUAUCUGACAAAGGGUUCGUCCACCGUGAUCUAGCUGCGAGGAAUAUACUUGUUGGCCAGAAUAAAACAGUGAAAAUUAGUGAUUUUGGUUUAACUAGAAGUGUUUAUAAUGACAAUGUGUAUGUACCGCAGAAGGGAGGAAAGCUGCCACUAAAGUGGAUGUCUAUUGAGGCUAUAUCAGAUCUAACUUUCACAUCAGCAAGCGAUGUGUGGUCAUAUGGCAUAGUGAUAUUUGAAAUUAUCACAAUGGGUGGAACACCAUAUCCCACCAUUGCUAACAUGGACCUGCUAAAGCUAUUACGAGACGGUUAUAGAAUGGAAAAACCAGAUAAUUGUCCAGAUGAUCUGUACGAUUUAAUGAUACGAUGCUGGAAAGUGAAUCCAUCUGACCGCCCAACAUUUGCUGAAUUGAAAAUUGAUUUGGAGAGAAUGAUGGAAGAAAACUCAAAUGUGGAUUAUAUGGAUUUCAGUUUGGAUGAAUCAAAAGAUUACUAUGUGUUUGAGGAGAGUCAACAGAGCGAGAGUGUAUUGUGUGAGGAGAAAUGGGCAGGACUUGGGCCUCCCAUCGAGGUCGCACCGGGUGUUGAUAAUGACGGAUUCGAUCGACAAUCACUCGAGGAGGAAACACCAAAUGGUCAGCAACGUGGUGUUAAUAAUACAGACACUAAGAUUGGCAAUGCUGGGGGAAGUAUUGAUGCUGAUGUAACGGUCAUUAUAAUCGAGGACAGUAAUGCGACAGUGGUUGAUACUACUACUGUUACAAAUGAGAGGACACAAGCAGAGGCACCGGGUACCUCAGAAUCAAUGGACAGAUUGCGACUAAGGAGUCUAAGUGAAACGGAUACAGAACAUAGUAACAGUGAUGAGUGGUUGAUAAAGAAAAGGAAUGAUUCACAACCUAAUCUGAAACAUGAUGCAUAUCCUAAAAAGGCGAAGAAUAAUAUCUCAAAUGAUGAAUCGAGAGAGUUACAAAUAUUGGGUCGAAACAACAGUGACGAGUGUCUCAUGCUAUCUAUUGGUAAACAUGCCUCAAAGCUUAACAUUGGAAUGACCAGAUUGUAAAACAGAAUCAAUAAUUAUCCCAAUACAGCUAAAUAAAAAGAACCCGGUGAAGGUUUAAUAAGAUUCGUUUUUGAAAUUACAAUCCAUUCAUCGAAUCCCCUUCAAACAUCAUUCACUUUGGAAUCUCAUAUAACUGAAGAAUUUGGUAGUGGGUAGUUAAUGCAUUCAAAAUUAUUUCGUUUUUGGUACUUGGUAUAUUUUAGUGUAGUUAAGCCUUCUUUUAUUUGAAAUUAUGUGUGUAUCAUACGAAUGUGAAAAUUGUAAAUAAAUCGACCGUAUUGAAAUAAUGAUGCGAUCAUGUAAAUAAAGCAUAUGCUGUG